AUGGCCGAGUCUCUGGCGGCGCUCGGCGUCGCCGCCAACAUUGUCCAGUUUCUUGAGCUCGGGCUCAAGGCGACCAUAUCCAUCGUCGAGACGUACCGCAGCAUCAACGACGACGGCUGGGCGUCGCGCAACGCCGACCUGGACUCCAUGGCCAAGGAUCUCCAGCUUUGCUUUGGCCGCCUCAAGGAAGAUGCGGACGUCAAGCUGGAUCCUUCCAUGAAGAGCAUGCUUCAGCGGUCCAUUGAUACGGCCGACGAGCUCAGGUCGGUGCUUCGAUAUUUGGUCGUGGACAGCAGCAGACGACACCGCAUGCAGAAAUGGGCAAAGUUCAAAGCAUCGGUUGCUGCUCACUUCAAGAAAGGCAAGAUUGAUGAGAUCCAAGCACGACUAGCAGAGAUUAAAUCACACAUAUUUGAGCGACUUCAGGUUCUUCUCUACGACCACCGCCUGUCGCUGUCUAGAUCGUUGCAUUCUCUCGAGGAAGCAUCGGAAGGGUGGAACCGCGCCACGGAAAAGAGACUGAACGCCUUAGCCCAAGACCUCAGGAAACUCGCCGUGGAGUCCCAGUCGGCUGCCGAGGCAUCGAGCGAAGGCCUCAGAGUGUUCGCCGAGACCUGGGCUCGCGUGUCAGAGGAGGCCAAGAAUCAAGACACCGUCCUCGCAAUCCUGGCAAGCCUGCGCUUUGCGCAGAUCAAAGAGCGGCAGAGCGAGGUCCCCAAAGCCCAUCGCACCACGUUCGAAUGGGUCUUUAGCGAAGAAUCCCCCGUCGACUUCUCGGCCUGGCUCCUCGAGUCGAGCGGCCUCUUCUGGAUCACGGGGAAGCCCGGGUCGGGGAAGUCCACCCUGAUGAAGUUUCUUCUCGGGCACGAGCGGACGAUGCUCCUCGCGGAAGGUUGGGCCAAGACCGAACCGCUCAUCAUCGCUAGCCACUUCUUCUGGGCCGUCGGCACGGAGAUCCAGAAAUCCCAGGAAGGCCUCCUCCGCACGCUGCUGUUCCAGAUUUUGGUAAGCUGUCCGGGGAUCACCUCCAUGGUCUGCCCGGCGCGAUACGCCAGCCCGUUCAGACGCCUGGACACUUGGAGCAUCGAAGAGCUCUCGGAGGCUUUCGUACGCCUCAAGGACAUCCGGCCCCUCCCGGCCCGCAUCCUGUUGUUCGUGGACGGUCUCGACGAGUACAAGGGCAAUCAGGGCGACUUGGUGCGGUUCCUACGGUCCACCUCCGAGUCUCCCUACAUUAAAGUGUGCUGCGCGAGCAGACCGUGGCCAGUGUUCCUCAACGGCUUCAAAGACGUCUCGGGCCAGAUCCGCAUGCACGAACUCACUGCCAACGACAUGGCGUGCUACGUCCGGGACACGCUAGAACAGCAUAGUUUCUUCGACACCCUGAGGAAACGCCACGAGAACGAGGCGGCGAAGCUCGUCAGAGACAUUGCGGAAAAAUCCGAAGGCGUCUUCUUCUGGGUCUUCCUCGCCGUCAAGUCACUGCUGCGCGGCCUGGACAACAGCGACGAUCUCGGCAUCCUGCAGAGGCGUCUCUCCGAGUUCCCCUCGGACCUCGACGAGUACUUUCAGCGCAUGCUGGACACCAUCGAGAACGUGUACAAAGAGAACGUCUCGUUGGUGUUCUCGAUGCUUCUGCUGGCCAACUCGCCCCUGCCGACGGUUCUGUUUCUGGCACUGGAGUACCUGGUCGAACCGUCCAAGAAGGAACGAAAACACAAAGAACGGAAUCAGAACAACUUCAUUCCAUCUCUGAUAGCUUGGCGGCGGGACUUGGCGCCGAAGACCUUGGACACGUAUAUCGGCUUCCGCGAUGUAUCUGGACUAACGCAAGGGCAAGAGAUGCAGUUUUUCCGCGGCGACCUCGAGGAAUCGUCAGUGAAAACGAAGCAGGACCAGAUCCUGGCGCAGUGUCGUGACUUGGUCCAGGCCUGGGAGGUCGAAGGCGGAAUAUCACCCUACCAUCUGAGAUUGGGAUUCCUCCAUCGUACCGUCGUGGAGUUUCUCCAGCGGUCCAGAGGAAAGCAGUGGCACUCGACCCUCCCGGCGGAGAGCCACUUGCUUGGAAGAUCGUGUCUCGCCUUCGUAUUCUUUUCGGGAAGGGUACCUCUACAGCAUAUAGAAGAGUGUGUGCUGAUAUUACUGUGUACCCUGCAAGGCAACGCCGCCCUGCGAUUUGACGAUUCAACUGAUUAUCUAUGGGAAAUGCUCGUGAACAGUCUUGAAAACUGUCCUUCCGAAACUGCGGCCGAUUCUCUCAGGAGACUCAAAGGCGUAGCGAUACAAGAAUGGCUUCGAAGAGUGUAUCGGUAUGGGAGGUUCCGAUUCUUUCGCGAGAAUUUUUGUUAUUGGCUUCUGCACGAGUCAGGCCACGUCGAGGUCGGGGAUCGGGCGCGCAUCUCAUGGUCACGCAUGAUUGACUUGGAAACGCUUGAAGGGGUGCUGGGCAUGGACGGCCUCGUCUCCGAGCGCCACCGGGAGCUAUCCGGUGCGUUUUCGGACUUCCUGGAGAGACUGUGCGCCUCCAACGAAGAAAACAGGCCGAGAAACGCGUUUGACGUGUGCAAGGUGCUGAUCCAGCACGGGAUAGCAUGGCACGCGAGGGGCAACAGGAAGACCAUGUCGUUCGGCCCGGAUUCCAAGAAAAACAAGUCGGGGGAUCCCGAGACGUUGGCGUUGACGCAGAGAACUGUCCUCGAGCGCUUGCGAGAGAACAAAGUCUUUUCGGAAGAAGAUCUCCUGGAGCUUGAAGAAGCUUUCCCGUCAGGUAGUAUUGCGCGGCAUAAGACAACAGUGAUAAGAUGA